AUGGAUAAUAACCAGCAAAAAUCGGCGGAAUCGCCGUACAGCUUCGGAAAAUCGAAAUCCGACGGCGGGCUCGAUCCGCUGCUCUGCGGCUCUAUCGGCGUUCUCGUGCUUGCGUAAGGACUUUAUUUUGCGAAUUGAAGGUGGAAUAAUGUAAAAUUAUCGAUUUAGAUUGACGUUAAUCAUCUGGAGACUUCUGAAAAUGCAGAGCGAUGAGAAAGAAGCUCGGAGACGGACGGAAAUGUUGUUGGCGAUGAAUGAGGGCGCGAAUGAUGAGAGAAGAGGUGCCAAUGGUGAGAUUUAGCAUAGAAUUUCAUCGAAUUUCCAUCGGUAAGCCAAAACACGACCAAUUUUCAUUACAGUGGCUGGUGGAAUGCGUCGAAACGCGCGGCGCCGUGUGAAUCGAGACGACGACGACAACGACGGCUUCGUCGAGCACAUGAUGAACGACGGAGAAGGAGCGGAGGAUGCGGACGGCGAUCAGUUCGAAUACGACGCCGACGGAAAGAAGAUUGGAAAGAGGAAGGCGGCGAAAUUGGCGGCGAAGGAGGAGAAACGGCAGAUGCGGGAGUACGAGCUUAGGGAACGGGAGGAGCGGAAACGGCGCGACGAGGAACGGGAGAAGAAGCGGGACGAGGAAAGGGCGAAGGAGCAGGCUGAGGAAGAGGAGGAGGCCGAGCGGUUGCGGCAGGAACGCGAGGAGCGGGAACGAAGGGAGCACGAGGAGUACCUCGCGGUUAGUAAUUGACACUUUUAGCAGCCGGAAACUGAUUUGCCCACAUUUCAAGUGAAAAACUUCAAAGCUCACAGUUUCUAGUCAUUUUUGCUCGUGUUAUUGCUAAGAAACUGCGUGGCGAACGCAGCUGACAUUCAAGAAUUUCUAUCAAUGUUUGCAGAUGAAAGCCUCGUUUGCGGUGGAGGAGGAGGGAACCGACGCGAUCGAGGGCGAAGAGGCCGAAAAUCUGAUCCGCGACUUUGUGGAGUACGUGAAAAACAACAAAGUGGUGAACAUCGACGAGCUGUCGGCGCACUUUGGCCUAAAAUCCGAGGAGGCCGUCAACCGACUGCAGCACUUUAUCGCCGAGGGACUAAUUCAGGGAGUGAUGGACGACCGCGGCAAAUUUAUAUACAUUUCCGACGAAGAAUUCGCCGCAGGUACUUUUUUUUUGCAUUGACAAUGUGGCAAACGCGGCGCUUUUUAACGCGCUCUUUCGCUCUGGGCCGCCAAAUUUGAAUUGUUUCAAGUAAGACGUGUUUAAUCAUAUUUUAUUUUUGCAGUCGCCAAAUUCAUAAACCAGCGGGGACGAGUAUCGAUUCACGAGAUUGCGGAACAGUCGAAUCGACUGAUCAGACUCGAAACGACCGUCGAAUAA